GCGCGCGGCUCCAGGCGCGGCGCCUGCACCAUGAACUACCAGCAGCAGCUGGCCAACUCGGCUGCCAUCCGGGCCGAGAUCCAGCGCUUCGAAUCGGUCCACCCCAACAUCUACUCCAUCUACGAGCUGCUGGAGCGCGUGGAGGAGCCGGUGCUGCAGAGCCAGAUCCGGGAGCACGUCAUCGCCAUCGAAGAUGCCUUUGUGAACAGCCAGGAAUGGACGUUAAGCCGAUCUGUCCCAGAGCUCAAAGUGGGAAUUGUGGGUAACUUGGCCAGUGGCAAGUCCGCCCUGGUACACAGGUACCUGACCGGCACGUACGUCCAGGAGGAGUCUCCCGAAGGGGGAAGGUUCAAGAAAGAGAUUGUUGUUGACGGCCAGAGCUAUCUGCUGCUGAUUAGAGAUGAAGGGGGCCCCCCAGAGGCGCAGUUUGCCAUGUGGGUGGACGCGGUUAUCUUUGUCUUCAGCUUGGAGGAUGAGAUAAGUUUCCAGACCGUGUACCACUACUACAGCCGGAUGGCCAACUAUCGGAACACGAGUGAGAUCCCUCUGGUUCUUGUGGGGACCCAGGACGCGAUUAGCUCCACGAACCCGAGGGUCAUCGACGACGCCAGGGCGCGGAAGCUGUCCAACGACCUGAAGCGGUGCACCUACUACGAGACGUGUGCCACCUACGGGCUGAACGUGGAGAGGGUCUUCCAGGAUGUUGCCCAGAAGGUUGUGGCCACGAGGAAGAAGCAGCAGCUGUCCAUUGGCCCCUGCAAGUCCUUGCCCAGCUCCCCGAGCCACUCCUCCGUCUGCUCUGCUCAGGUGUCCGCCGUGCACAUCAGCCAGACCAGUAAUGGAGGUGGCAGCCUGAGUGACUAUUCAUCCUCCGUCCCGUCGACUCCAAGCACCAGCCAGAAAGAACUUCGGAUCGACGCCCCUCCCACUGCCAACACUCCAACGCCCGUCCGUAAGCAGUCCAAGCGCCGGUCCAACCUUUUCACCUCUCGGAAGGGGAGCGACCCAGACAAAGAGAAGAAAGGCCUGGAGACCCGGGCAGACAGCAUUGGGAGCGGUCGUGCGAUCCCAAUUAAACAGGGCAUGCUGUUGAAGCGAAGUGGCAAAUCACUGAACAAGGAGUGGAAGAAGAAAUACGUCACUCUGUGUGACAACGGCGUGCUGACCUACCACCCCAGUUUACAUGAUUACAUGCAGAAUGUUCAUGGUAAAGAGAUUGAUCUCCUGCGAACAACUGUGAAAGUCCCGGGGAAGAGGCCACCCCGAGCCACGUCAGCCUGCGCUCCUAUCUCCAGCCCCAAGACCAACGGUCUGGCCAAGGACAUGAGCGGCUUGCACAUCUCACCUAAUUCAGGGCAUGUCACUAGUGCAUCUGGGCCUCAGAUGGCAAGCGGCGUCAGCCUGGUCUCCUUCAACAGCCGGCCGGAUGGCAUGCACCAGCGUUCCUACUCUGUCUCCAGUGCUGACCAGUGGAGUGAGGCUACAGUCAUUGCCAACUCGGCCAUCAGCAGUGACACGGGGCUGGGUGACUCCGUGUGUUCCAGCCCAAGCAUCCCCAGCACCACCAGCCCCAAGCUCGACCCGCCCCCCUCUCCUCACGCCAACAGAAAGAAGCACCGGAGGAAGAAAAGCACCAGCACCUUCAAGGCCGACGGUCUCUCGGGCGCUGCCGAAGAACAAGAAGAAAACUUUGAGUUUAUCAUCGUGUCCCUCACUGGCCAGACCUGGCACUUUGAAGCCACCACGUAUGAAGAGAGGGAUGCCUGGGUCCAGGCCAUCGAGAGUCAGAUCCUGGCCAGCCUGCAGUCGUGUGAAAGCAGCAAGAAUAAGUCCCGGCUGACCAGUCAGAGUGAAGCCAUGGCCCUGCAGUCGAUACGAAACAUCCGAGGGAAUUCACACUGUGUGGACUGCGAGACUCAGAAUCCAAACUGGGCCAGUCUGAACUUGGGCGCCCUCAUGUGCAUUGAGUGCUCAGGGAUCCACCGGAAUCUUGGCACCCACCUUUCCCGCGUCCGCUCUCUGGACCUGGAUGACUGGCCUAUCGAACUUAUCAAAGUGAUGUCUUCCAUCGGGAACGAGCUGGCCAACAGCAUCUGGGAGGAGGGCAGCCAGGGGCGGACGAAGCCCUCCCUUGACUCCACCAGGGAGGAGAAGGAGCGGUGGAUCCGCGCCAAGUACGAGCAGAAGCUCUUCCUGGCCCCGCCACCCUCCUCGGAGCUGUCCCUGGGUCAGCACCUGCUGCGGGCCACCGCGGACGAGGACCUGCGCACGGUCAUCCUGCUGCUGGCCCAUGGCUCCCGGGACGAGGUGAACGAGACGUGCGGCGAGGCCGACGGCCGCACGGCCCUGCACCUGGCCUGCCGGAAGGGCAACGUGGUCCUGCUGCAGCUGCUCAUUUGGUACGGCGUGGACGUCAUGGCCCGGGACGCCCACGGGAACACGGCUCUGGCCUACGCCCGGCAGGCCUCCAGCCAGGAGUGCGUGGACGUGCUGCUCCAAUACGGCUGCCCUGACGAGCGCUUCGCGCUCAUGGCCACGCCCAACCUGCCCCGGAAGAACAACAACCGCAACAACAGCAGCGGCCGGAUGCCCACCGUCAUCUGAAG